AUGGAUGUUAAAACUUUCAAACUGAUUCACCCGGUAAAAUACUAUAAGGAUUAUUUGGAAAAUAAUAUUCGUCCAGAUGGUCGCGAACUGGAGGAUCUCCGACCGUUGGCCAUCAGCUUCGAUGCAAUCAAAGGUGCCGAUGGCUCGUCAAUAGUGAAAAUUGGCAACACGACCGUUGUGUGCGGCAUUAAGGCAGAGCUAAGCGCACCCAAACCGCUUGAGCCGACGCUCGGGUUUCUGGUUCCGAACGUAGAGAUAUCACCAAUAUCGUCGCCGGCCUACCGGCCCGGGCCACCGUGCGAAGAAGCACAAGUCUACAGCCAAUCCUUGGCUGACGCUAUUAACCAUUCUCGCUGCGUCGAUCUGGAGCAACUGUGCAUAACACCGGGAAAGUUGGUUUGGGUGCUUUACUGCGAUCUAGUUUGCCUAGACCACGACGGGUCUGUUUUCGAUGCCGCCGUUACUGCCACCGUAGCUGCCCUGCACACUGUAAAACUACCCAAAAUCAUCUACAACAGUGACACGGAGGAGACUGAGGUGGACCUUUCUGCGUUAUCUUCUUUGGAUGUCCAUUGUGUUCCUGUGACGACAUCUUUCGUAGUGAUUUCAGAUCGAAUUAUCAUGGAUCCCACGGCGGAGGAGGAAAAGCUGGCCGACAUGACACUGACCAUAACUAUCAGCGAUGGCAAAAUGAGCUUCUUGAACCAGUCGGGUGGACAGCCGAUGGACCAUGAGAUACUGAAGAAAUGCACCAAAAGUGCCACCCGCCGAGAGCGCUCGGUCAAAAAAAUGAUAACUGGUAUGCUGCAAAAACGAAAAGAGCAAAAAUAAAAAUAACAUAA